AUGGCCAACCAAGAAGCCGGAGAAGACCAAUACGGCACGUUCCAGAACCUCACCACCAACAACUACAACCUCAAGAUCUACUGGACCCCCGUCACCGCCGCCACCAUUAUCAUCAAGGACGCCGCCGAGCAGGGCUACCACUCCAAGAACACGCCCGAUCCCGCCCGCCUGGUGCGCCUCGGCCGUAAGCUCGGCCUUGUCGUCGGCAACGAAGACUUCCUCGCCAAGUGUUUCCGCUCUACCCUCGACAAGGUCAAGGCUGAGGUCAAGGCCGAGAAGCUCAAUCCCGUCUUGGACAAGUUCAGUAUCGACGGCAAGGAAAUUCAGCGUUGGCGCAAUGUCAGCACCACUUGCUUCGCGGGAGACUGGAAGGUCAGCCAUGGAGUGCAGAAGGUUGGCCUUGGUGUCGAUUGGGCGGUGCGUGAGGAGGUCAAGUUCCACACCCUCACGGAGCGUGUCCUGAUUGAGACUGCCGUGGAGCACUUCCUGUUGGGGAUGAAUGGGAUGCGCAUUCCGAACCACCUGAAGGGUGCUGUGCCGAUCCACGAGGGCGGUGCGAGUGCUCAGCUUCAGGCUCCCUCAGCUCAGCAGCCGUUCCAGCAAGCCAACGCCAUGGCCCCGCAGGAGAGCCACCAGCAGCAGCGAGCCAACGACCUUCAGCUCCAGGUUGGCAACCUCCAGGCUCAUGUCUUGAGCUUGGAUACCCAAUUGAACGACGCCAAAGCCUCUCAGCAGCAGGGCGUUGUCGACAGCAACGAGCAGCACAAGGCCGUCGUCAACGAGCUUCAUGCGUCCAUUGCAAACUUGACCCGCGAGCGUGACACUGCCGUCAACAACAUCACAGCCCAGCAGCAGACCACCAUCAACCAGCUUCGUGGUGCUAUCGGGAACUUGACUCGCGAGCGUGAUGCUGCCAUUCAGAACAACGCCACCCAGGAGCACACCACCAUCAGCCAGCUUCGUGGUAACAUCGCCAACCUGACCCACGAGCGUGAUGCUGCCUUGCAGCACAACACCACCCAGCAGCAGACCAACGAAGAGCAAGUCAACCGCCUCAGCCAGAAGGAGGGCGAAGUCGAUCGUCUGCAGGAAGAAUUGAAGGAAGCCAAGAAAGCCAACGCCGCCAAGCAGCAUGCCCACAAGGUCGACGUCGAGCAUCUUCAGGGAGUGGUGAGGGCAGUGAAGGCGGCCUACGAGGAGCUCGCCAAUCAGCGCAACGUCGGAGCCAACACCAAGCAGACCGAUGAUAUGAAGCGUCUCUACCAGCUCCUCAGCAAUGUGACUCGCGAGCGGGACAACGAGAAGCAGAACGCCAUGCUCAUUCGUGAAGAAGCCAAGGCCGAUACUGAGCAUUUGAGAGCGGAGAACUCCCGUCUUCAGAUGGAGAUGAACCAGCGUGACGCUGUCCCAAAGGGGAAACUCUACCUGUCGAAGCGUGAGACGACCCCAGCUGACUCCGGAUACGGCGGUUCGACCUUCGGAUACGGUCCUGGUGGUUCGUCUUCCGGGUCUGGCCUUCGUCGCUUUGCGGUUCCUCCGGCGGCUCUUCCUCCGAAGCAGUACCUCAACCAAGACACACCGACUCCUCUCUUCAAGUACGGCUCUCCCUAUGGGACUAUUUCCCGGCUGCCUUCUUUCGGCAUCCGCUCGCCCAUUCCGGAGAUGCCAGGGCGAUUUGGAACGUCUCAAGACGGACUCGAUUCGUGCAGCGCAUCAUCCGUGAGCGAGUCUUCGAAGAUCGCUCGCAAGGCUCGCAAUAGUGCUGAUGCGUGGACUUUUGGCGUGGGCCUCAUGGAGGAGCAGGGCAUGAUCGGUCGUGAAUAA